ACCCCAGCACAUCCUCAUACGCGCAGCCCCUCUGUGAGGUGGAGGUGAGGGCAGGCGCCUGCGGAUUCCGAGAGGGGCGCGCUCUCCCGGGCGAUCCCGGCACCGCCGCCGCGCCGGCAGCCAGCGCUAGCAGCCGCCGCCGCAGCUUCCUUCUGCAGACUCCCCUCGAGAGCCUGGCCGAACGGUUGUAGUCUUGGGAGAGGCUCCCGCUAGGGGAACCCAGCGAGGACCGGAGCCUGCGCCCGCCUCCCAUCCGGGCUGUCCUGCGAUCUGUGCCUCUGCCCGCGGGUCCGUCCCGGGCGCCGGGGAGCGGGUAUCAGUUUACGCCUGUGAGAUCGCGCAGCUGCCUGGGGGCCGUGUGAUGCCCAAGGCAAGUCUUGGCUUUGAUUUUUAUUAUCAUUAUUAUCAUUUUACUCUUGGCUUUCGGGAAAUACUCGUGAUGUUGUAAGAUAAAGGAAAUGACACUUUGAGGAACUGGAGAAAGCCUAGAUGCGUUUUGUUUUUUGAGAGAAAACCUUUUCUAACCCUCUUCGCUGAUUCCAAGAGCUACCCUCCUGGUGAGGUGCGGAUUUCAGCAAGAAUAAAGGUGAAGGCAGGUCCCCAGGACCCUGGAGGGAAACGCUCACCGUUAGAGACCUUUGCAGAAGACCUUGCAAGGAAGAAAAUAAGAGACAGAAAAAACCCACAAAGACUUAUAAUUACACGAGAAUCCUACAGACCCAGCCCUGGAGAAAGCCUCUCUCUCCAAUAUGGAUCUGCUUCCUCUCACCUGGGUUUUCAUAGCUCUCUACUUUUCAGGACACGAAGUGAGAGGCCAACCAGACCCACCCUGCGGAGGUCGUUUGAAUUCCAAAGAUGCUGGCUAUAUCACCUCUCCUGGUUACCCCCAGGAUUACCCCUCCCACCAGAACUGUGAGUGGAUUGUUUACGCCCCCGAGCCCAACCAGAAGAUUGUCCUCAACUUCAACCCUCACUUUGAAAUUGAGAAGCACGACUGCAAGUAUGACUUCAUUGAGAUUCGGGAUGGAGACAGCGAGUCUGCAGACCUCCUAGGCAAGCACUGUGGGAACAUUGCCCCACCCACCAUCAUCUCCUCGGGCUCCAUGCUCUACAUCAAGUUCACAUCCGACUAUGCCCGACAGGGGGCAGGCUUCUCCCUGCGCUAUGAGAUCUUCAAGACAGGCUCUGAAGAUUGCUCUAAAAACUUCACCAGCCCCAAUGGGACCAUCGAAUCUCCUGGGUUUCCUGAAAAGUACCCACAUAACUUGGACUGCACUUUUACCAUCCUGGCCAAACCCAAGAUGGAGAUCAUCCUGCAGUUCCUGACCUUUGACCUGGAGCAUGACCCUUUGCAGGUGGGAGAGGGAGACUGCAAAUAUGAUUGGCUGGACAUCUGGGAUGGCAUUCCACAUGUUGGCCCCCUGAUUGGCAAGUACUGUGGGACCAAAACACCCUCUGAACUCCGCUCAUCGACAGGGAUCCUGUCCCUGACCUUUCAUACGGACAUGGCAGUGGCCAAGGACGGCUUCUCUGCGCGUUACUACCUGGUGCACCAAGAACCACUAGAGAAUUUUCAGUGCAAUGUCCCUCUGGGAAUGGAGUCUGGCCGAAUUGCAAAUGAACAGAUCACUGCCUCAUCAACCUAUUCUGAUGGAAGGUGGACCCCUCAACAAAGCAGGCUCCACGGUGAUGACAAUGGCUGGACCCCCAAUUUGGAUUCCAACAAGGAGUAUCUCCAGGUGGACCUGCGCUUUCUAACCAUGCUCACAGCAAUUGCAACACAGGGUGCAAUUUCCAGGGAGACCCAGAAUGGCUACUAUGUCAAAUCCUAUAAGCUGGAGGUCAGCACUAAUGGUGAAGACUGGAUGGUAUACCGACAUGGCAAGAACCACAAGGUGUUCCAAGCCAACAACGACGCCUCCGAGGUGGUUCUGAACAAGCUGCACGCCCCACUGCUGACAAGGUUCGUCAGGAUCCGCCCACAGAGCUGGCACUCGGGCAUUGCCCUGCGCCUGGAGCUCUUCGGCUGCCGGGUCACAGAUGCCCCCUGCUCCAACAUGCUGGGGAUGCUCUCAGGCCUUAUCCCUGACUCCCACAUCUCUGCCUCCUCCACCCAAGAGUACCUCUGGAGCCCUAGCACUGCACGCCUGAUCAGCAGCCGUUCGGGCUGGUUCCCUCGGAUCCCCCAGGCCCAGCCAGGUGAAGAAUGGCUGCAGGUGGACCUGGGAGCACCUAAGACGGUGAAAGGGGUCAUCAUCCAGGGGGCCCGUGGAGGAGAUAGCAGCACAGCGGUGGAAGCCAGGGCAUUCGUGCGCAAGUUCAAAGUCUCCUACAGCCUGAAUGGCAAAGACUGGGAAUAUAUCCCAGACCCCAGGACCCAGCAACCAAAGCUGUUUGAAGGGAACGUGCAUUACGACAGCCCUGACAUCCGAAGAUUCGACCCUGUCCCUGCCCAGUAUGUGCGUGUAUACCCAGAGAGGUGGUCGCCAGCAGGCAUCGGCAUGCGGCUGGAGGUGCUGGGCUGCGACUGGACAGACUCAAAGCCCACAGUAGAGACAUUGGGACCUACUGUAAAGAGCGAAGAGACCACCACCCCAUACCCGAUCGAGGAGGAGGCCACAGAGUGUGGAGAGAACUGCAGCUUUGAGGAUGACAAAGAUUUGCAGCUUCCUUCAGGAUUCAAUUGCAACUUUGAUUUCCCUGAGGAGCCCUGUGGGUGGAUGUACGACCAUGCCAAGUGGCUCAGAAGCACCUGGGCCAGCAGCUCCAGCCCCAGCGACCAGACAUUUCCAGAUGACAGGAAUUUCUUGCGGAUGCAGAGUGACAGCAGGCGAGAGGGCCAGUAUGGACGGAUCAUUAGCCCACCUGUGCACCUGCCUCAGAGCCCUAUGUGCCUGGAGUUCCAGUUCCAAGCCACAGGCGGCCGUGGGGUAGAGCUGCAGGUGGUGCGGGAAGGCAGCCAGGAGAGUAAGCUCCUGUGGGUCAUCCGCGAGGACCAGGGAGGCCAGUGGAAGCACGGACGCAUCAUCCUGCCAAGCUACGACAUGGAGUAUCAGAUUGUGUUCCAGGGAGUGAUAGGAAAAGGACAUUCAGGAGAGAUCGCCAUUGAUGAUAUCCGGAUAAGCACUGAUAUCCCACUGGAUAGCUGCAUGGAACCCAUGUCAGCUUUUGCAGGUGAGAAUUAUAAAGGGGGCACCCUCCCGCCGGGGACCGAGCCCACGGUGGACACGGUGCCCGUGCCGCCAGUCCCAGCCUACUGGUAUUACGUGGUGGCCGCCGGGGGCGCGGUGCUGGUGCUCGUCUCCGUCGCGCUGGCCCUGGUGCUGCACUACCACCGUUUCCGCUAUGCGGCCAAGAAGACUGAUCACUCCAUCACCUACAAAACUUCCCACUACACCAACGGGGCCCCUCUGGCGGUGGAGCCCACCCUAACCAUUAAGCUAGAGCAAGACCACCGCGGCUCACACUGCUGAGGGCGAAGCAAGGAUGCACCCAAACAAACGAGAAAGACUGCAAACCCGUGGCCUCGAUUUUGCACUUUUUUCUCCGCGCCUAGUCUCUGUGUGAACGCACAGACAGCUCUCUCCCAGGCCCCAACCCUGAGCGCCAUUGUCCACCCACCCAUCCUCCGUGGGUUCAUUUUCUUUGCUUCUUUUCUUUCUUCUACUUCAUUUCUUCUGUUUCUCUUUCUUUCUUUUCCUUUCUUUCUCUUUCUUCCUUCCUUUCUUCCACCCUUCUCUCUCUUUCUCUCUUUCUUUCAUCUUUCCUUCUUCCUUUCUUUUGUCAUUCUGCACUAACAAACCCACCUCUAAUGCUGCAUCUUGGACGAUGAGAAGAGAUCACCCCUAGACACUUCACCACUCAUGGCUCAGCUGGUUUCGCUCCAGAGACUGGCUCUCUUGUUUCUCCCUUGCCUUAUCCCACCCUUCCUCUCCGUGGGCAGGCUGCCAGGUGUCUUGAGGGGAACCUGGCUCUGUGUGUUUGUACAUAGUGUGCACUCUUGCGUGUGAAUAGCUCUGUGUGUGUGGGUGUGAAAGAGUGUGGCUCAUUGGGUAGGGGUUGAGUGUGUAGAGAGGACCCCUUUCACGCUUGUGUUACUUCUCCUGGGGUACAUGUUACAAGAAAAUAAUAUGCCGUCUAUGUUUUGUUUACUUGGAGAAGAGAUUGAAGCUUUUUGUUGCCUUAUCUAGCUAUGGCUGGCCUUCUGUUGACUGUCAUUGUCAUCUCCAGGCACCUAGUAAAACAGAGGGCACAUGGAAUGCAGCGUGGCCCAUCCCUUCCCAUCCCCCACCGGAGAGAAAGGUUCCCCUAGGGCCCUUGGAUGUGACCCCCUGGUCAUGUCUUCUGGUGUCUUUGAAGUCCCAUGAUAACAGCCAUUGGGUGUGUGUGGAACCAUCUCUACUUCCAGCCCUGAAGCAAAUCUGUGUCAUUUUGCCUUAUAAAAAAAAAAAGCUCAUAAUGAAUGUUUAGCUUUGAUCAGUUAAGUUCAAUCAAUGGAGUAAGUCAUACAGAAUAACAAAUCUGGGACUGCUGUAGGAAAAGCAGUAGUCCGUUUAAAUUGAGAGCAGGAGAGGGCUGGGGUUUUAGCUCAGUGGCGCAGUGCCUGUCUCAAAAGCGCAAGGUCCUGAGUUCGAUUCCCCAUACCAAGAAAAAGAAAGAAAGAAAGAAAAAUUGAGAGCAGGAGGAAGAGGAGAGAAGUGGAGAGAAGGAAGGACCAAAAUGGCUUUUAAUAUUGCCUCACCCUGGGGAUCAUUACCCAGUGUGGGAUGAUGGCAAGAAGGUUAUAAAAAAACACAUUCUUUGGUAUUAUAUUGAUCUUUGUAAUAGCAUUUGUAAAAUAUGUGGGGAAAAGGGGAUCAUUUGUUUUCCUUUCAUGGUGUUAAUGUGUGCCUGAAUCUAUAGCCACUAAAAUAUAAGGCUGUCCACCUGACUUAUUUAAAUAUUAUGAGAAUAGAAAGUGAUCGUUUGUUUAAAUGUUCCAAUGUACUACCCCUUACAGCACUCAUAGCAUCUGGCAAAUACAUCCUCAUAGGCUGGCCUGGCAUAUCCAGAUGUUGCCCCUUGAUCAGAGAGAAGGUAGAAUAAAGAUGUAUCUAUUGCUGCUCAUUUGUCUUCUUGAAGCAACGCAGAAUGUUAGAAAGCAGUUGCCUGAUGAUACUGUGCAAAGUAUGGGUUACAUAAUGAAGUCAGUCUCAUUGAUGGAAAAUGUGCAUUUUAAGAUUUUUCAGUGUAGCACACUAAAGCUCAGCCUUGGGGGCAUUGUUUUUUACCUUCCUGCUAGGAAUCCACUGGGGAAGUGUAAAAUUAUCUCAAAAGAUGGGUUGCCUGGGUUGAAAGCCUCCAGGUACCUUCUGGAACAAAAUGCUAAUGAUUUUCUUUUUUUUUGGUUGCUUGGAAGAAAGCCUUUUGGCAUUCUUUUGGAAUAUCCGCAAUAGGUCCCUCCAGCACACUACACACUCACACUCAGCUUUCCCAUCUGGUUCGUUUCACCCUCCUGAAAGAACAGUACUCUCUCACUCUUAUUCUAUUUCAAAGAGCUACUCAGUCUCAAACACAACAGCCCUGCCAAGAAAAGGAAAGAUGAAAGCCUCAGGCCUGGCUACCUUGAGAUUUCUAGAAGUGUCCUAUCCCAGCUGAAGACAGAGAAGGGAGCAGGAUGGGGUAGCAGCUCAGGAUGUCCUGUGGUGGCCAACAUGGCAGCCACUGAGGGGUUUGUAUCACAGGUGUCCAUAUCCACUGAAGCCUUUGGGGCCAGGCGUUUCCUCCAGGUGACUGACGUUCCUGUGGGCCCCUCAUGGAGGCAUGGUAUCAGGAAACCAGACCUGGAAAACCCAGCCAGGGUAGCAACUGGCUAGGUUACCAUAUUCCCUUGGGGAUUCUCCAUCUUUAAAAGAAGAUGGCAACAACUUUGUAAACUUGCUAUGUGUUUACCCCCUGCUCCAGGCAGCCUCAUCCCAUCAUCGCUGUGUGCAUGCCAUAGUUGAUAGGAUGAGGUUUCUCAGAUCUUGGUGGAUCCUAAAGCAUACUUCAGCUGGGUCUCUCUCUCUCUCUCCCUCUCCUCCCAACGCCAGCAACUUUCAUAGUAUUAUCCAGCUACUAUGCUAAAGGGGCAGCUCCACUGUAAAAUCCCAUGCCUUGCAGCUUUAAAAAGCAAAAUUCUGUAUUUUAUGGAGGGAGAGAAGAGUCACUAUCUUCUAAAAAAUAAAUGGCCUGGACAGGUGAAUGCAUGCAUGCAUGUGUUUAGAGUUGCUUCUCCAAAGAAAAGAGGUGAUAGCAACUAUUAAAAUAUGAAUGAAUGAAUGAAUGAAUGAAUGAAUGGAUUAGGUGAAGGCCUCACUUGGGCUGGUAAAGUUUUUGCCUUAGAAGAGAUUUCCUGACAAAACUUCUAGACAGGGACCCCUUAUCUUUGGGGUUAAAAAAAAAGCGCCCUUCCUUGAUAUUACGCUGGCAAUCACAGCACCUAAGGCUGGCCAAGGCAGAAAAAGGAAAAGGAAAAGUCAUAGCAUUGCCACUGAUGAAACAGGAUGCUAAAAUUGUCUUCUCCCUUGUCCUGAGUUUUUGGAAUCACAACCAGAAUAGGAAAUCCAGUAAUAUCUCUGAGGUCGAGCCCCCGCCUUUAAAAAGACUGUCCUUAAAGUGGAACUAGCAGGCAAGCAAACACCUGAAAAAUAGAAAAUUACCAAAGAACAACAGCAAAACAAGAAACCCUAAAGAUUUUUAUUUCCUAUUCUUCUCCCCUCUCCCUAUAACUGUGACAUCCUUGCAUUGCUCUGUUGCCUGUGUGUCAAAAUAACUUGUGGAUGUUGGAAACUAUUUGAAAAUGUAUUGUGUGGAAUGUAAUAAAAUGAUGAUAUUUUUAUACAAA